AUGUCGGACAUGCUGGUCAAAUGUUACUUUAACAGAGAAGCUUGCUCAGAGGACAACUUCACCCACACGGAUACAGUAAGCUAUGGUAGGUUCUAUACCUUCCGCAUCGAGGACUCUCUUCUUCGGCAUGUAACCAGACCUGGCCCCAAAAAUGGCUUGAUAUUGGAGCUCAACAUUGAACAAUACGAAUAUCUCCCUACCACUUCUCUAGCUGGGGUGAACGUCAUAAUACAUCCAUCCAACGAAAUCCCAUUUCCGGAAGAUGGUGGGAUUCUAGCACAGCCAGGUGCCGUGACCAGGAUUGGGAUUAAACAGGAAUUAACACAACGGUUGCCCUCACCUUACAGCAACUGUAUUGGCGCAAAUGGACAAAGCAGCUCCCAGCGUAGUUUCUACAAAAAUACGAAGUAUAUGCAAAAUGCUUGCAUGAAAUCCUGCUAUCAGAUGACAAUUUUUGAGAAGUGUGGAUGUUGUGACGUAGGCAUGCCCUGUGAUUAUUAUGACAUUUUUAAUGUGGAUAGGAACGCCACAGAAACAAAUCACAGUCUGAAAAUGUGUGUUUUUUGGGAUGAUUUUUAUUGCCAAAGUGGUGUCGAAAGUCUCUUCCUAAAAAGGGAACUGGACUGCAAUGAACGCUGCCCCCCUGCGUGCGAUCGUACCAUUUUUGAUGUGGUCGUCUCGACUGCUCUAUGGCCUCCAGACUCCAAAAUGCAAGAUUUCUUGGACAAUGUAGAGAAUACAUACGUAAAAAACAUGCAUUUUGAAGACAAUGCUGCAUUUGAACGGUUUAUCCACUCCAACUUUUUGAGGAUUGAAAUCUUUUUGGAAAGUUUGGAGUUCACAGAGUUUACCGCGCAGGCUAAAUACGACUGGAACUUGCUGUUAGGUACUAUUGGUGGGCUGCUGGGGCUGUGGUUGGGGUUCUCUUUGUUAACUACCAUGGAAAUCUUCGAAGUGCUGAUUGAGACGGUCCUGUAUUGCGUGCGCAGAAAGUAA